GUGGAAACGUAGCGCGCAAGCGAGGCGCGCGUCUCCACCAGCCGUGCGUUACUGGCCAGAUCUCGAACCAUGUCAUUUCUGACCGAAUAAAACAGAAAGAUGAAUCUCUCCUCGUUGAACUCAUCCUCCUGGAAGGCAGAGUCGGUGGUCAUUUCUCUGGGAUUUUCCGUCAUUUUCCUGGUCGGCACGGUGGGGAACUCUCUGGUCCUCGCGGUUCUGUUUCACAACGGACAGAUGAGCACCAAGACCACCAACUUGUUCAUCCUGAACCUCGGACUGGCAGAUCUGUGUUUCAUCGUUUUCUGCGUGCCUUUUCAAGCCACCAUCUACACUCUGGAUGAGUGGGUGUUCGGUCCUGUGGUGUGUAAGGUCGUGCACUUCAUCAUCUUUCUCACCAUGUACGCGAGCAUCUUCACCCUGACAGCUGUUUCCCUGGACAGGUAUUUAGCCAUUUGCUACCCACUCCGCUCCAGAGAGAUGAGAACACCAAGGAACGCCCUCGCCUCGAUCUGCCUGGUUUGGGCCUUGGCCUUGGUUUUCUCAGGACCGUAUCUCAGCUACUACACACAGAUGGACCUGGCCGGCACUGUGGUGUGUAUCCCCGUCUGGGAGUCCCAACCACGAAUCAUAAUGGAUGUGUGCACCUUCAUCUUUGGCUACCUCAUCCCCGUCCUGGUGCUCGGCCUCACCUACGCUCGUACCAUCCGAUACCUGUGGACCAGCGUGGACCCCGUAAAGGACAUGUCCGAGUCGAGGCGGGCCAAGCGGAAAGUCACCAAGAUGAUCAUCAUCGUCACCGCUCUCUUUUGCCUUUGCUGGCUUCCCUAUCACCUGAUCAUCCUGUGCAUGUGGUUCGGACGCUUCCCCCUCAACCACGCCACGUACGUCCUCCGCAUCCUCUCCCACCUGGUGGCUUACACUAACUCCUGCCUCAACCCCAUCGUCUACGCUCUCGUCUCCAAGCACUUCCGCAAAGGCUUCAGGAAGGUGUUCAGCUGCUCGCUGAGGAGGAGGGAGGUGAACAAGGUGCACGUCAUCCCGGCGGUGAACACGGUCAGCAGCGUGGAGACGUCCAACUGAAGGCAAGAACCAGACCAGAUGAAGGAGAAGAGUCGAACGUUCUGAACUAUGAGCAUGACUCCCCGGUUAGGGUUGGUUGAUUGGUCCAGGACUUUCAUCCACACUGAAAUAUCUCAACAGCCAGUGGAUGGACUGUCAUGAAACUGGCUACAGACAUUCAUGAUCCCCAGAGGAACAAGCCUGCUGACUUUGUUGAUCCCCCGACUUUUUCAUCGGGGGCGUUGGCAUAACAUUGGUCCAGACAUCCCAAAAGUUCUAAAGCACUUAAGACCUGGCAGACAGAGUCCUGCUGACUGAACCGCAUCAUGAAGAUCCUUUCAGAGAACCUGAUGGAACCCAGUCAGACACUACAUGAAGGAAGAUUACCACUAUUGUAUUCAGUGACUGCUGGAUUACAGUUCAAUAUUACUAAUUAAUUGAUUUGUAUGGCACCUUUAAAUCAAAUUUAUAGAAUCGAAUAUUAAACUGCCACAAAAACAAAAUAAAAAAAGUUGUUUUUAAAAGGGAGUUCAAAUGAGAGUAAAGAGCUGCCGUCCUGAUUUAGGUCUCGGUGUCUAAAGGUGGAGAGUUUGCAGAUGGAGUGACUCCAUGCAGCUCAGAUGAGGAGGGUAAAGAGGGUCAUGGUUCAGAAUUAGGCUGGAACCUGCCUGAAGAGUCUGAGGAGGGUUAUGCAACCAGCCGUCUGACACAUUUUCAGUGCCUGCAUCUCUGAUUAUUUGUCUCUGUAUUACUAAUUCAGCGGUUUGUGCAGACAGCUCCACAGGCGUAAAACUGAUCUGCUGCUGUAAUGUCAGAUACAAGAAGACGUUUUUUUGUGUUUUCAUGCAUGCAGACAGUAUUAUUGUGGUGUACCGAACAUCAUACGACUUGGAUAGUGUCUAAAGUUAUUAUAUCUACAUUUCCUGCCACGUGCACUGCAACUUCUAUUAAUAAAGCUAAUAUUAUACUACCAUUAUUAUUAGAGCCAUAGUGUUGUAUUUUGUACAUAUAUCACAUACAUAAAUACAUCACAUAUGUAUAUACUAUGUUAUAUAUACUUCAUAUAGCUACAAGUCUAUUAUUAGAGCUGUCACUGUUACUGUGUUUGCAUCUCUGUCCACCCCCGACCCCCCCUUCUCUCUCUCGCUCUCUCUCUUGCUCUCACAAUUUCAAUUUCAAUUUCAAUAAGCUUUAUUGGCACGACUGUAGAUCAACAAUAUUGCCAAAGCCAUUACAAAUACAAAGUACAACAACAAAAGCAAGCUCUCUCUCUCUGUCUGUCUCUCUCUCUCUGUCUCUCUCUCUCUCUCUCUCUCUCACUUCCUCUCUCUCUCUGUCUGUCUCUCUCUCUCUCUCUGUCUCUCUCUCUCUGUCUCUCUGUCUCCGUCCCUCUCUCUCUCUGUCUCUCUGUCUCCCUCUCUGUCUCUCUCUCUGUCUCUCUCUCUCUUUCUGGUUCUUCUUCCUGCUCAGAGGAAGUUAUUUCUGUCUCCAGGUGCUUCAUUGGGGGAUUGUUGGGUGUCUGUAGAUGAAGAGUUUGUUCUGCUGCUCUGUAGA